CACUCCGCGUAUAUUCCCACUAAUGCCCCUUUCAGAGAGCCACCCCCACCAUCACGUGACCCAUUCUCAAAUCUCCUCCCGGCCGCCCGCCCGCCUCCCUCCCUCUCUUUGCCCGCUUGCUUACAUUCCCACAUGCAUGAUUCCUGUGCCUGCCACCAUGAGUGUGUCUGUCAGCCAGCCACAGAGAGAGAGAGAGAGACGUCCCACCAAUGCCCAUCUUGCAUCCCAUAUAAACCCCACGCCCCACCACCAAAAGGCCACCAAGCAACUUCUUCUUCUUCUUCUUCCUCUUGUUCUCUUCAUCUUCUUAUCUAGUUUUAUCGAAGACCCACAACCCAAAAGACAAGUCAUGGAGAGGCUCAACACCCAACUGUACUUGCAGAACUGCUACAUCAUGAAGGAGAACGAGAGGCUGAGGAAGAAAGCACAGCUUCUCAACCAGGAGAACCAGGCUCUCCUGUCUGAGCUGAAGCGGAAGCAGAAGCAGAAGCAGACGCUGGCCAGCACCAGUGCCACCUCCAACCCCAAUCCCAAAAUCCCAGACCUCAACGCUACUCCCCCAUCAUCCACCAUGACCUCCAGCGGAAACAAGCACUCAACUUAGUAGAAACAUCUCUUCUACAGGACUUUUAAUCUUUUUUGGAUGUUUUGGCGUGGUGAUAGAUUGUGUGCAUCCUACAUAUGUAGCUAGAUCGGCAGGAAAUGAAGCAGUCAUGUAUGUGAUUGUUUCUAAAACUUUGUCCGAACAAGAAAUAUUUCCCUCGUUAAAAAUGAUGCACUCAGGAUGUCCAGAGUUACCAUCGUACCUGAACGAAGUCAUCCCCAGUCGAACAAGAACUCAGCUGCAUUUGGAAUGGCCUGCAAAGAAGCUGCAUAUGAAUCGUGUGGGACCAAGGAUGUACAAGCCUAGCAAGGAUACUUUGUAACUCCAAGAACACAGCAUUGCAAUCCAACAUGUGAACUAACAGGGAUUCAGCUAUGUAGAUCCAAAAUGCAGAGGAGAGGGUGAUGGGUCAAAGAGUGAUGAUAUAUGUGACGUAGAUUCGAUGUGAGGUCCAAUGAAAAUGACAAAGGAAGAAGAAAACAACAAAAAAGGUUGACCAAAUACCCACCAAUCUCUCAGUCCAAAGUCCCAUCAGACGUCCCACGCCUCCGUGUAAUCAUCACGUCGAAACAAAGAAGCCUCUAAGAGUCAAAGGCUCCAACCCUCUAAAUAUUAACAGCAUAUAUAAUAUCCUAACGUUUGAGAUGUCACCUCAAAGGCUAUACGAACAAUCAAGUUAAUUGGUGUCAUUCAGAAAUACCUUAAGCUUAAGCUUUGUAAUUCCAAGUUCUGUUUAGAGGCAAAGAUCGAGAUAAAAUGUUUUGCAAGUUCUGUAUGGGAAUCAGAAUUUUAGAACAUAACAUCCUUUCUGCUAACAUCAUCUCCUAGUAAUAUAUCUCUAAUUAGAUAUAACAAGUCCCUAUAUAAAGAAAAUGCUUCUGAUGCACUACACUAAUUUUACUUAUCUAAAUUCUCAAAAGUAGGGUCACUUAAGAAACUAAUCCUGUGGGUUCAUAUUCCAACAGGUUCCUAAAUCCAUUGCACUGGAU